AUGAUCGGCAUUAUAUCGUCCGCGGUGAACUACAUCACCGGCCGGACGCAGAGCUCUGCUCCACGGGUCGUUUCCCUCCUGCCCUCCGCAACGGAGAUCGUCGACGCCGUGGGCGCAACCGAAUACCUCGUAGGAGUGUCGCACGAAUGCAACUAUCCCGCGGAAGUCGCGAAGCUGCCGCACCUGACGAGCGCCGAAAAUAAGUUCGAGAGCAGCCAGCAGAUGAACGACGCGGUCGUGGCCUUCAUCGGCGACGGCAAGUCGCUGUACGCGCUCGACACGCACCUCCUGCAGAAGCUCCGCCCCACGCACAUCGUCACGCAGUCCCUCUGCGCCGUCUGCGCCGUCUCCGUGGACCUGGUCCGCGCGGCCUGUGCCAGCAUGAACCCGAAACCAGUGAUCCUCGAUCUCAACCCCCGGGGACUCGACGACGUCGUGGAGGACAUGCUGCGCGUCGGCAGGGAGCUCGGGCUGGCCGAGGUGGCGGAGUUCCAGGCGAAGGCCAUGCUGGAGCGCGUGCAGCGCGUCGUGAGGGUCGCGGACGAGGCGGUGGCGGCGGCGGGGGGGGAACGGCCUUCCGUGGCGUUCCUCGAGUGGACCGCGCCGGUGUACAUCGGCGGCCACUGGACGCCGCAGCUGAUCCACAUGGCGGGAGGGUCGCACCCGCUCAAUCCGCCCAAGGGGCCCGGUCAGGCCGCUGGGAAGUCGACGGCGGUGGAGGGCAGCAAGGUUGCAGGGCUGGACCCGGACUGGAUCAUCGUGUGCCCUUGUGGGCUCAACAUUCCCUCGGCGUUGAGGGAGAUGAAGGACCUGGAGGCGCAGGAGUGGUGGCGGGGGCUGUCCGCGGUGCAGGAGGGCCGCCUCGUGGUCGUGGACGGCGACCAGAUGUUCAACCGCCCCGGCCCGCGCCUCGUGGACGCGCUCGAGUGGCUGGUGGCGCUGCUGCACGGGGGCGAGUCCAACGACGCCCUCGCGCUGUGCCCCGGGACCUUCCCGUGGAAGCAGGUCCUCCCGCGGCUCUCGACGGCCCUGGAGGAGCCGGACGAGGGCGACUGA